AUGGCACUGGUGGCCUUGGGCUCACUGAUAGAUAAGCUCAUCACCACAGUUGCCAAAAUUGACCCUGAGCAAAAGGACUCUCCGCGCGUUCAGAUCCUUAAGCGCCGCGUAGAAGCUGCACUGCGCCCCGGAACCCAUGGACGGAUUAAUCAAUUCGCCGUGGCACGCCAACUAGAGGGACUGGAGGAGAAAUUCCAGGUCUUGAAUCGAGACGACCUGGCAGCAACUCUCCGUAGUCGCCUGGCUGAGCUACAGGGUUACUCAAAUGCAUGGCACCCGGAGAUCCUGAGCUUGCUGGUACAACUCUCAGAUCGUCCGGCCCAGCUAGCCAAAAUCGAUCAAUGGGCGUCGCCCUUCGAAGCAAGUCCGGUCGCUGAGCAGCCGCUGUCAUGGGCUGACCUCGAUCCCCGAGGGGCCGCCUUUAGCAACGAAGACAUCUGGGAAGAAGUUGACUUUGGCCCCGGCUCUUCAGAUGAUGACUUUGUUUCUGUUACCAGCGAGGUAUCUCUUACCCGGGGACCACCUCGAACGCCCCCUGCACCAGAACAGGAAUAUGUGAUCCCGGGCGAGGUGUUUGUCUCGGGCGAAGAUGAAGAGCUCAUAGCCUCUAUGGAGAAGGCCCAAUUCUGGAAACCCGAGAAUAGACCAAAGAUUUCUCGAGGAAAAGAAGAAGCGUCCUGUCCCAUCACAGAAUUGCAACUAGCAAGAGAAGCAAUCUUUAUGCUGCAAGGCUUACCGACGUCGAUCUUCUGGCGUCUCGAUAAUGACAUCGAGGUGGACCGCAGCUACACGCUUGCACACUCGUCCAAUACUGCUCUUUUAUCGCUGUUGAAGCUAUUCACCGAGACCGGCGCAAAGAUUGAUGCUCUAAGGCGAUUCGCCGAAUCCCCGCAAUCCAUCGCCUACAUGCAGACGUUCUGCCGGGGCAUCGAAGACCGUCUGCGAGAGUUUGAUGGAUUUCUCUCCAACAUCCAAUGCAACUAUCUAUCUGCUGGAUCUAUAGUCAGUCUUCUUCAACUGAGUGACGAUGUUCGUCAGUCAUCUCAUCAAUUGCUUCUUCUAUCCGACCUAGUCUCAAAGUUGGAGCACUCCGCAGACCAACCAAUGCGUUGUCUCGACCUGCUUUACAACUUGGUGUGCAUGACAGAAGCUCUGGGAGACGAAGAGACCUCAAGAGCACUCUCAAUCUUAUUCUUCUUGUGCUUCAAAACUUAUACAGGCUCAAUUCAACUCUGGAUGGAAUCUGGGCAAGUCGAUCCCCUUGACACUGCCUUUUUCGUCAAACUGAAAAGCGACAAUGGUGAUCUGCGGAACCUGUGGCAUGACUGGUACGAGAUUGAUGAGGGCUUUGGUCGACAGAAUAUCCCCCAAUUCUUGGAACCCAGUCUCUACAAAGUGUUUACUACUGGUAAGAGCAUGGUAUUCUUGCGCCACUUGAAUGCGCUUCCAGACCGUUCAGAGUCUGCCGCAAAAGCAGAAACGAUAUUUGACGAUGUUCGUUCCGAAUCGACAUAUGCGGCUCUUCCGUUUUCUGCACUAGUCGAGUCUGCAUUCGACCGUUUGGUAGAUCUCAACAACUCGGCCAGUGCGGGCCUUCUGAGAACCGAACUCGACGAACAGUGUGGUCUUUGGGCAUCGUUUGACGCACUGCAGCAUGCCUAUCUCGCCCAGGACCUGAGCAUUCUCGGCAUGAUAGACGCCAAAAUCUUCGAGCUAAUGGACCGUGGCCGAUCCUGGGAUGACAAAUUCCUCCUUACCGAGGUGACAAGAUCUGCUUUUAGCGCAAUGCCUAGUAUGGACUUGUCAAGACUGGUCGUACGAUCGGAUGGCUCUUCCUCUCGUGAUCCUCAAAACCUUACCAGAACCGUCAAAAUUCUCGAAACCAUCUCGAUCGAUUAUGUACUUCCAUGGCCCGUUGCAAACAUCGUCCCGCAGGACGCUAUCCACACUUACCAACGAGUCUCGACCUUCCUCAUGCAAAUUCGUCGCGCAAAGUAUGCCCUUGUCAAGCAGCGCUUGCGAGAUGGACGUGUUGUUGCAGCAGACGUCCAAGACGGAACUCUGGUACACUCUCUCCAUCACAAUUUACUCUGGUUUCUCGAUACCCUCUACGCACACCUUACCUACCUAGUCAUAUCAACCGCAAAUCAAUCCUUACACCAGGCCCUAGCCGACGCUGAGGAUGUGGACGCCAUGGUCGCCGCACACGACUCCUACAUCUCCUCGUUGGAGAAUCAAUGUCUCCUAUCCGACAAUCUCUCUCCAAUAUACGAGGCUAUCAUCAACCUCCUGGAUCUUUCGAUCAACUUUGCAGAUCUACAGACCGUCCAUGCAGCCGAAGAAGGAAUGUUUGAUCAAGGCGAUGCCAGCAUGUUGAAAACACUACGGCGAAAGCGGAGUGACGAAGAUGACUCGGACUCGGGCUCGGACCAAGAAAAUGAAUUCGAGCAUGAGCACACAUUGACCAUUUCAUUCCGUGAUUCGCCGUAUGAGCUCCAGAUGCGAAAUGUGAAGCGUCAGUUUGACCACUUGAUUAGCUUUGUGGCAGAUGGGCUAAAAGGAGUUGCUCGCGCUGAUGGUUUGCCUAGCUGGAAUAUUCUGGCGGAGCGUUUGGAAUGGAGGAAAGGCUGA